AUGGCUGAAUAUGAAGCGUGCAUUCUUGGAAUCAGAAUGACAGUCGAUAUGAACAUCAAAGAACUUUUGGUCAUAGGAGAUUUCAAUUUGUUGAUACACCAAGUCCAAGAAGAAUGGUCCACCAAGAAUGUCAAUAUACUGAUGAACUUGCACUGCGUGAAGAAGUUGUGCAAGAAGUUCACAAAGAUUGAUUUCAAGCACAUCCCCAAAAUUAAGAACGAGUUUUCCGACACCCUUGCAACCUUAUCAUCUAUGAUUCAGUAUCUAGACAAGAACUACAUCGACCCUAUCGAGGUAGAGAUCAGGGAUCAACAUGCCUAUUACUUCCAUGUGGAUGAAGAACCAGAUGGUAAACAAUGGUAUCACGACAUCAAGAAAUUCCUUGCAACCCAGGAGUACCCAAAGAAUGCUACUAAUGGUCAAAAGCGAGCCUUCAGGAAGUUAGCAAACCAUUUUUUCCUCAACAAGGAAGUCUUGUACAGGAGGACCCUAGACUUAGGUUUGCUGAGAUGUGUAGACGCCGCUGAAGCAACCAGACUACUUGAUGAAAUACAUGCAGGGAUGUACGGACCCCACAUGAAUGGGUUCACAUUAGCCAAGAAAAUUUUGAGAGAUGGAUACAUUUGGAUGACUAUAGAAAGCGAUAGUAUCCGCUAUGUGCAGAAGUGUCACCAGUGCCAGAUUUAUGGAGAUUUCAUCCAGAUUCCACCAAAUGAGUUAAAUGUAAUGGGUUCACCCUGGUCGUUCGCCGCUUGGUAG